CAGAUUAUAUUCUGCCCCCUUGGAAUUUCGAGUCUAAAACAGUUAUCUCAAAGUAAAGUUUACAGUCGUCCACUGUCCUGAUUCAUACCACAUUGUCAGUCCUUGUUCGUCAUCUCCCAAGAAUGGAUUGUGAAAUGCAGCAAAGUUUUCUGACUUAUGAGGAUAAGUGUGAGCUCUGGCUUUGCAACCCCAGACUCUUGCCAGAGUAGGUAAAUAGCACAGAAUUGACAAGGCAAAUCCAGAGCAACUUCAUUGUUGUCAUACAUCCGGGUUCAACAACUUUAAGGAUUGGUCGAGCCACAGACACACUUCCUAUCAGCAUUCCUCAUGUCAUUGCACGAAGACACAAGCAACAAGGGCAGCCACUGUACAAAGACAACUGGCUCCUAAGGGAAGGACUAAAUAAACCUGAAAGUAAUGAACAAAGACAAAAUGGUCUUAAAAUGGUGGAUCAAGCAAUAUGGUCUAAAAAGAUGUCAAAUGGUACAAGGCGGAUUCCUGUGUCCCCUGAACAGGCACGCUCCUACAACAAGCAGAUGCGACCUGCAAUUUUAGAUCACUGUUCUGGAAAUAAAUGGACAAACACAUCUCAUCACCCUGAGUUUUUGGUUGGCGAAGAGGCCUUGUAUGUUAAUCCACUGGACUGUUACAAUAUCCACUGGCCUAUUAGAAGAGGUCAGUUAAAUAUUCACCCGGGACCUGGGGGCUCCCUUACAGCUGUUCUGGCAGAUAUUGAAGUAAUAUGGUCUCAUGCAAUACAAAAAUACUUGGAAAUUCCAUUGAAAGAUUUAAAGUAUUAUAGGUGUAUCUUGUUAAUUCCUGAUAUUUAUAAUAAGCAGCAUGUGAAAGAAUUGGUGAAUAUGAUCCUAAUGAAGAUGGGUUUCUCAGGGAUUGUGGUCCAUCAGGAGUCUGUGUGUGCCACUUUUGGAAGUGGUUUAAGCAGCACGUGUAUUGUAGAUGUUGGGGACCAGAAGACAAGUGUAUGCUGUGUGGAGGAUGGGGUUUCUCAUCGGAAUACUCGACUCUGUCUGGCAUAUGGAGGGUCUGACGUAUCAAGAUGUUUUUACUGGCUGAUGCAGCGAGCUGGAUUCCCUUAUAGAGAAUGCCAGUUAACAAAUAAAAUGGAUUGCCUUCUUCUGCAGCACCUAAAGGAAACUUUCUGUCAUUUAGAUCAGGACAUCUCUGGGCUUCAGGACCAUGAGUUUCAGAUUCGACAUCCAGAUUCGCCUGCCCUGCUUUACCAGUUUCGCUUAGGAGAUGAAAAGCUCCAGGCUCCAAUGGCUUUGUUUUAUCCAGCAACCUUUGGAAUCGUUGGACAAAAAAUGACGACUCUGCAGCACAGGUCGCAGGGUGACCCUGAGGACCCGCAUGAUGAGCACUACCUGCUGGCCACACAGAGCAAGCAAGAGCAGUCUGCAAAAGCUACUGCUGACCGCAAGUCUGCAUCCAAGCCUAUUGGAUUUGAAGGGGAUCUUCGUGGGCAGUCCUCGGAUCUUCCGGAAAGACUCCAUUCCCAGGAGGUGGAUUUGGGGUCCUCCCAGGGAGACUGUCUGAUGGCUGGCAAUGACUCUGAGGAGGCCCUCACUGCGCUGAUGUCCAGGAAGACUGCCAUCUCGCUGUUUGAAGGGAAAGCCCUAGGCCUGGAUAAAGCCAUCCUUCAUAGCAUAGACUGCUGUUCAUCUGAUGACACCAAAAAGAAGAUGUACAGCUCCAUCCUGGUGGUGGGAGGUGGUCUGAUGUUUCAUAAAGCACAAGAAUUUCUGCAGCACAGAAUUCUCAACAAAAUGCCACCUUCAUUCAGGCGAAUUAUUGAAAAUGUGGAAGUUAUCACAAGGCCCAAGGACAUGGAUCCUCGGCUGAUUUCAUGGAAAGGGGGCGCAGUGCUGGCUUGUUUGGAUACAACACAGGAACUGUGGAUCUACCAGCGAGAAUGGCAGCGCUUUGGUGUCCGCAUGUUACGAGAGCGAGCUGCCUUCGUAUGGUGAAAUGGGCAGGAAAAGUCACUCUUGGAGACCCCAAACAAGCCUCUUGGUAUAAAAGACUCUUAGAGGAUAUAUAUAUGUAUAUAUAUUUUUUUAAUUUAUUACUCUAAGUGCUUCAAUUUUGUGGAAAAUAAAUGAAUUUUAACGUGUGUUGAGAACAUGACCUUGGUGUGAAAUUAUAAGCCGCUUCUGCAGUCAAGAUGUUUGAGAAUAAAUGCGCUAAGGUCUCCUGCCCCAUUCAGGGUCUCAGGAACUCCACGGUGAUGUGAGUGCUUGAGCAGUUGUCCAGUGGUGAAGCUCUUCCUUGAAGUUGACUUCUAAGUGACAUGAGACAGUCUCCUGCGUCCCUGAGGAGUGGGUGUGUGACUUCGGCGCCUGGAUUGUGAAAACGGUGUGGUCAUGGCAUUUUCCCUCUUGGCUAGAACAGCGAGCACAUGAUGUGACUCUCAGAAUUUCAAAUAGGAACAAGUUUUAUUUUUUUAAUUUUCUGUUAGAUUACAAAAAUGAUGAGGGCAGAUUCAGGUCUAGAUUUUUCAAGGCAAAGGUUUAAGGCUGGGCUGGCUGGCUUUUGUUACCCAACAUACUCUAGGGCAAGGAAAAGAAAACAGUCGUCGUCUGACCAAAACAGAACAAGAGCAGAAAAGGGAAUUUUCUUUCUUUGAUAUGGCCAAUAUGAAUGACUUGGGUAUAAUUUAGAGUUGUUAGCAUGUGUUGUACAGAUAAGCAGACUAACUGCUACAGUUACUGCUAACAAUUCUCUUUACCUGAAGAACCAGUGAAAACAUUUGGAGUUCUUUGUGUUCAGUGUGAUCAGUUGACCUUAACCUGUGAGCAGUCUGAAGCAGACAGUUGUCACCACCAGUGGUCCAGACCUUAGGGAAGACUGAGUGGAAGAGAAGGCAUUGUCUGCUGGAAGGGGAGCCAGUCAGUGAGCAAAGCCUGGGGGCUCUGAGACCUGGGCGGGUUGGGCAGUGCCUGAUUCCUGCCAGUCUCUUGCACUUGCUUCCACUAUCUUACCAUCAAGAACUGGAGGUGGGACUUGGGCAAAGACACAUUAGGGACAGUUAAGGGGUGAAUAAGAGUGGAAUCCUAUAUAAUAAAAGGGUAAUAUGCAAAUUGACCCUAAUGGUGGAACGACCAGAU